UAGUUUACUGUGUUCCGUAAUUUGGAAAUCCGUGGUUCAAUCUGUAUUCAAACCACGGUUAAGGUGUUGUACAGGAACACAAGAUCGCUGGUCCGCACAGCAAAAUGUGGAUUGGGGUAGGCUCUGAGGCUAAAAACAUUUUCGCUGUUAAUGUGAAAUAGAUUUACGUGGGGGAGAGGAGGAAAGUAGGAGCUGAUUCGGUGGGAGGUUGUUGAGAUUGCCCGUAAGUUUGAACCGUUUAUUUUGUUUUUGACAAAUUUUUUUAUUGUUUUAAGAUUAGCUGGAUUAUCUGGUGCAUUGACUUGGCAUGCCAGUGAAAUCCUGGCAAGCAAUGCGCAUGGCAUUUCGUAAGUAGUAGUGUUAUUCCGCGUUGGGUCGAAGUUGCUGAGAAGCAAUGUUUACAUCUGGAUGAUGGCUUGUUCAAGUCCAUAACAUCCCGAGCUGGAUCUGUGAUUUUCUGCAGAGGGCUGGCUUUCAUUAGUUUUCCUGAGUGAGAUUGUGUGAUUCUUCUCAAUACUGGGUGUGAGGUAGAUCUGGGAUUGGAGUAGCAGUAAUUAGGAAUGUCUAAUUUGAAUCCAAACCUGUCUCGGAGCGCAACUAGAACAUCAUUUAAGGGGCAGAGUAACAGAGCGAGCAAUGUGACAUUUGCUCGACGUACAUCGAGUGGGCGGUAUGUGAGCCUGUCUCGAGAUGAUAUGGAUGGAAUGACAGACGAUCUGAGUGGUGAAUACCUGCAGUACACGGUGCAGAUUCCUCCGACACCAGACAACCAGCCGAUGGUGGAUCCUUCAGUGGCGGUGAAGGCGGAGGAGCAAUAUGUUUCGAAUUCUCUCUUCACAGGGGGUUUCAACAGUGUAACGAGGGCUCAUCUGAUGGACAAGGUGAUCGAUUCGGAAGCGAGCCACCCUCAGAUGGCAGGGGCGAGGGGAUCUGCUUGCUCAGUUGAGGGUUGCGAUGGGAAGGUGAUGCGCGACGAGAGAGGGGAGGACAUCCUUCCCUGUGAAUGCAAUUUCAAGAUUUGCCGCGAGUGCUACUUUGAUUACCAGAAGGAUGGAGGGGUUUGUCCGGGCUGUAAGGAGCCUUACAAAGUAGGGGAUUUGGAGGAGCAGAACGAGGCGUUUCGCAAUGCUGCCCUGCCUCUGGCGCCCACCGGUAAGUUGGAUCGCAGGAUGUCUGUCAUGAGGUCAGGGAAGUCGCUCCUGAUGAGGAGCCAAACCGGAGACUUCGAUCACAAUCGAUGGCUUUUCGAAACGAAAGGGACCUACGGCUACGGGAAUGCCUUUUGGCCCCAAGAAGGGGUUAUUAAUGAUGGCACUGGCGAUGGGAUGUCUGGAAACCUCACCGACUUAUCUGACAAGCCUUGGAGACCUCUCACACGGAAGAUUAAAAUUCCUGCUGGCAUUCUUAGUCCUUACAGGCUGCUUAUAUUUUUGAGAAUGUUUUUCUUAGCAUUAUUUCUGACUUGGCGAGUCAGGCAUCCUAACAAUGAUGCAAUGUGGUUAUGGGGCAUGUCUAUAGUAUGCGAAAUAUGGUUUGCUUUCUCAUGGCUGCUGGACGUGUUACCCAAGUUGUGCCCCAUCAAUCGAUCCACUGAUCUGAAUGUUCUCAAGGAGAAGUUUGAGCAGCCCAAUCCUGAGGAUCCAUCAGCACCAUCAGACUUGCCUGGUGUUGAUGUCUUUGUUUCUACUGCUGACCCAGAGAAGGAGCCGCCUCUAGUUACUGCUAAUACUAUUUUGUCUAUCCUUGCUGCUGACUAUCCGGUGGACAAACUUUCCUGCUAUGUGUCAGAUGAUGGAGGAGCUCUUCUAACUUUUGAAGCUAUGGCAGAAGCUGCAAGCUUUGCAGAUGUUUGGGUCCCUUUCUGUCGCAAGCAUAACAUUGAACCCCGGAAUCCUGAUAGUUAUUUCAACACCAAGGGUGACCCUACUAAAAAUAAACUGCGUGCAGACUUUGUAAAGGAUCGAAGAAGGCUUAAAAGGGAAUAUGAUGAGUUCAAGGUGCGAAUCAACGGACUCCCUGAUUCAAUUCGGCGCAGAUCAGAUGCUUAUAAUGCUCGAGAAGAAAUGAAGGCCAUGAAACUUGUAAGGGAAAACGGUACCGACCCAUCUGAAGUUGUAAAGGUUCCAAAAGCCACAUGGAUGGCUGAUGGCACUCACUGGCCUGGGACGUGGACUGUAUCAACUUCUGAACAUUCACGAGGUGAUCAUGCUGGAAUUAUACAGGUGAUGCUCAAACCUCCUAGUAGCAAGCCUCUAAUAGGUUGUGCAGAAGAUAAAAUCCUUGACUUCACUGAUGUGGAUAUUCGAUUGCCUAUGCUGGUAUAUGUAUCUCGUGAAAAACGGCCAGGAUAUGAUCAUAACAAGAAGGCAGGUGCUAUGAAUGCUCUUGUCCGGUCUUCAGCAAUCAUGUCUAAUGGGCCAUUUAUCCUCAAUCUUGACUGUGAUCAUUAUAUUUACAAUUCACAGGCAAUUAGAGAGGGUAUGUGUUUUAUGCUUGACCGUGGUGGAGACAGGAUAUGUUAUGUUCAGUUUCCACAGAGAUUUGAGGGAAUAGAUCCAAAUGAUAGGUAUGCAAAUCAUAAUACAGUAUUUUUUGAUGUGAAUAUGAGAGCUCUUGAUGGCUUGCAGGGUCCUAUGUAUGUUGGAACAGGAUGUGUGUUUCGACGAAUAGCUUUGUAUGGAUUUGAUCCUCCGAGGUCAAAGGAACAUAGUGGUUGUUGUGGUAGAAGAAAGAAAAUCAGCCAAACUCCAAGUGAGGGAGAGACACAUGCCCUCAACAUGGGUGAUGGUAAUGAGGAGGAGAUGAAUAUAUCUCUUCUUCCAAAGAAAUUUGGGAACUCCACUCUUCUGGUAGAUUCUAUUCCUGUUGCAGAAUUUCAGGGUCGACCAUUGGCAGAUCACCCUGGUGUGAAGAAUGGUCGCCCACCAUUUGCUUUGGCAGUUCCUCGCGACCCACUUGAUGCUUCCACUGUUGCUGAAGCUGUAAGUGUGAUUUCAUGCUGGUACGAGGACAAGACACAAUGGGGAGAGAGUGUAGGUUGGAUUUAUGGUUCUGUAACUGAAGAUGUUGUUACUGGUUAUCGCAUGCAUAAUAGGGGAUGGAGGUCUGUUUAUUGUGUAACCAAAAGAGAUGCUUUCAGGGGCACAGCACCAAUCAAUCUUACAGACAGAUUGCAUCAAGUACUAAGAUGGGCAACAGGAUCUGUGGAAAUAUUUUUCUCGCGCAACAAUGCCCUUCUUGGUAGCUCACGAAUAAAAUUUCUCCAGAAAAUAGCAUAUCUAAAUGUUGGCAUUUAUCCUUUUACGUCCAUAUUCCUUAUAGUGUAUUGCUUUCUUCCAGCACUCUCUCUUUUCUCAGGGCAAUUUAUUGUUCAGACACUCAAUGUGUCUUUCUUGAUAUAUCUUCUUAUCAUCACCAUCACUCUCUCUCUCCUAGCAAUUCUAGAGAUCAAGUGGUCAGGCAUUGAGUUAGAAGAAUGGUGGAGAAAUGAGCAGUUUUGGUUGAUAGGAGGUACAAGUUCUCAUCUGGCUGCUGUCUUACAAGGAUUGCUGAAGGUUAUUGCUGGCAUAGAAAUCUCAUUCACACUAACCUCUAAAUCCGGAGGGGAGGAUAUUGAUGAUAUAUUUGCGGACCUUUACAUAGUGAAAUGGACUUCACUCAUGAUUCCACCAAUUACAAUUAUGAUGGUCAACCUUAUAGCCAUAGCUGUUGGAUUUUCUAGGACAAUUUACAGUGAGAUACCUCAAUGGAGCAAGCUAAUUGGUGGAGUUUUUUUCAGCUUCUGGGUGUUGGCUCAUCUGUACCCAUUUGCCAAGGGCCUGAUGGGCAGAAGGGGAAGGACGCCCACUAUUGUCUUUGUCUGGUCUGGUCUUUUGGCCAUUACCAUUUCACUUUUGUGGGUUGCUAUAAAUCCUCCACAAGGUAGUCAAGGAAUUGGUGGAAGUUUUCAGUUUCCAUAAGAUGUCACCAGGGCUUGUCGCAUAAAACCUGUUGAAACUGAUAAUCCAGUGAUGUUGGAGAAUAUAUUUGCUGCCUGGAUGGACAUGACUAGCGUCCAUAGCUUCACACUUUAAGGUGUGCAUUCUUGAAAUUUAUCAAUUCUUUGUGAGAAAAUUGCAGUGACACAUUCUUAGUUUUUUUCUUUGAACAGAUGAUCUACUCCAUUGUAAAGAAACUUUGCUUCAACUUAUGGGUUUGGAGUGAGUGUUUUGCUAGUGUCUUCCUGACUCAGUGAACAGUGCCGAGUAAUUAGUUUAUGUGGACAUCUAUGAUUGAGUACAAUUGCCACGACUACAGAACUGCAGGACAUUGCCUCUAUUUUACAUUUGUAGCAAUUAUGGAUCCUAUUUGCUUUCUUAUUUAUUAUGAAACACUCGACUAUCUAUGUCAGCAAAUGCAAUUAAUUUUAGGGAAUCAAAUGCGUGAAUUCUAA